GUCGCUUCGUCUCCCCCUUCCACUUCACCAUUCCCCAUGGCCCCCAUCCUCCGCCGCUCCGCGCGGCUUCUUGCCGCCGAAGACGACGACGACGACUCCUCCGACGGUGAUGAGGUGGAGCAGCAACCCACCAUGAAGCAUCUUCCACUCCCGCGUCAAGGCGAGCAGAGCUCCGACGACGAGGAGCUGGGCAUCGAGUCCUCCCCGGAUCUUGUGGGGAUGCCCGCCAAGACACCACCGCCUCCGCGGGAUCAGGAUGGGAGGGAGGUCUCCGGUUCCGGUGGCGCCGACAAGCCGCCGGAGCCAGCUCUGCAGGCCAAGAAGCCAUCCGAUGCUGCCAAGCGUAAGGACGAAGGGUCUGAUUCCGAUGAAGACGAGGUGCCACUGGAGCCAGUGCCGCCAUCCGAUGAUGCCGACGAAGAGUCUGGUUCCGAUGAUGCCGACGAAGAGUCUGAUUCCGAUGAUGAUUCCGAUGAAGACCAAGUGCCAGUGGAGGAGCCCAGGAUGCCAAUGCCAUCUGAUGAUGCCGAGGAUGAGGACGAAGAGUCUGAAUCCGAUGAGGAUGAAGUGCCAGUGGAGCCCAGGAUGCCAUCCGAUGGUGCCGAGGAUGAGGACGAAGAGUCUGAUUCCGAUGAAGAUGAAGUGCCAGUGGAGCCCAGGAUGCCAUCCGAUGGUGCCGAGGAUGAGGACGAAGAGUCUGAUUCCGAUGAAGAUGAAGUGCCAGUGGAGCCCAGGAUGCCAUCCGAUGGUGCCGAGGAGGAUGAGCCUGAUUCCGAUGAAGACCAAGUGCCAGUGGAGCCAGUGCCGCAGACCAGCACCAUACCGCCAUCCGAUGGUGCCGAGCAUAAGGAUGAGGAGGCUGAUUCUGGUGAAAACGGGGAACCUCCUCUGGCCAACGACCCUAAUGGUAAGAGGAAGGCGCCGUCACCUCAAGUCAGUGAAUCUCCUCCGCAGAAGAGGAUGGUGCUGCAGGCCAACCAUGAGCAUAACAGUGGAACCACAGACACAGAGAAGCAAUUCAUGGACAAGUGUGCAUCCUACUUUUACCUUGGGAAGGAGGUUUCGGUUCUCAAUGAAGAGUACCCCGGCUUAUUUAAGAAGUCUUUCUUGGAGCUCGGAGAUGAUCAGGCUAGUGCAUUGGACGCUCGCAUCAAGAAUGUUAGUUUGGCUGAAAUCCGAUUGUCUUUGCGGAGGCGGAACCUGGAGCAGGAGGUGAUAAAGUCAGUGUUGAAGUUGCUCAAGUGAUCAUAGAACGGACAAAGCUUCAAUGGAGUGGAGGCCGACUUUGCUUUUGGUUCUGACCAUAUAUAUAUAUGUGUGUGUGUAUUGGUCGUUCUACCCUAGUUGGUAUCGUCCCAUUUUGGUCCAAGAUGGACAGUAACGCAGAUGAUUUGGGUCCACUAAGACUUAUUAGGCAUCUACCCCAUAUCUAGUUAGUAGGUUCUAUAUUCUGCUGGAACUACCAGUACGUAGGUAUUACUCUGGAUGCGGAUGCUAAACUUAAGUGGAGCUUAAUUCAGAAAUGCGAACGUUAUUACUGGUCGUUAUGCAA